UUGAAGAAGGAUGCUUUCUCUUCCACUGGUCCAACGUUACUCAGAAGUACUUCAGACAAUCUCUGGUUGUCUUAUUCAAAACAAAGCACUCACAAGUCCAGUUUUAGAGACCUGCACCUGACUUGACCUGUUAAUGUAACAUGAAACCUGACCUAUAAUCAACAGACUACACACUCAGUUAACAACACUUUAUUUGUUACUUUCACAUGACCAAAAGACAAGUCAGGUUAGCCUUAACUAGGAUAAACAGAUGUUUGCUUAAUAACACAAAGAUCACUGGUUUAACUGUAGGCUGAUUUAAAGUUUUAUUAAAGGAUUGAUGAUUUUUUGAGCUACCUGGUGCAAAACUCUGACUCAAAUGUAAUGUUAGUGGUGGUAUUACAUGAAUUUUUGUUGAUUCAAAUUUUACUUUCAUCUGAUGGUGUGAAAGCUGAGCUUUGUGAGAUCCUUGUAUGAUGAUUUAAAGCAUGUUGUGAUUGGCCACUCGUGAUUUGCCACUCGCUUUGGAAAAACUGCUGAGAAUGGUUUCAAAGCAUUUUAUACAUUCAAAGGGAGGCAUCUGCUGGCCAAACCUUGGUAUUGAGCUCAUGAUCCAACAGUGAGUCAAACUAGCUGUCAGAGAAAGUGAGCGGGAGAUUUUGAGAUUUGAGAUUUUGAUAAACCCAUAUGUGUUUAUUUCUGUGGUGUCAUCCAGUAUUAGUAUCCCACCUCAAAAUCUGACAUGGAGACACAGAAUGAAUGAGCUGAAAUCAACAUUUUGUUCCAUUAUCUUCAAAUAAAAACUGAUGUCAUCAAAAUAAUUUGAAAGAUGCAAUAAUCACAAAAAUUGUAUUCAUACAUUCAACUGCAGCUAAAAAAUCAGCACCAGAAAUGCUCCAUAGUUGACAGAAUUUGUCCUGCAGGAUGGAGGAUGUUCAGAUGUUCCUGUUAUUUCCUCUCCAGUGAGUCUGGUUCCUGGUCAAGAGGCAGACAGGACUGCAGAGAGAAAGGAGCAGAUCUGGUGGUUAUAGACAGCACUGAAGAACAGACAUUCUUUUCUACCUUCACUGAGGUAGAAACUUGGAUUGGUUUGACUGACAGAGACGAAGAGGGAACCUGGAAAUGGAUUGAUGGAACACCACUGACUUUAAGACAAUGUGAGGUGACUGGCAGUUCCAGGUACUGGGAGACAAAUGAGCCUAAUAAUGGAAAUGGAAAUCCGCAGUUGGGUGAAGAGGACUGUGCACAUAUCAGGUCUGGCAAGAGUACUGAAGACAACUGGAAUGAUCGGUCGUGUGGUUUUCUUACGCGGUGGAUCUGUGAGAAAAAUGCUGGUGUAUAAUAUGUAAAAAUGCUUUUUCAAAGCAAACUAUGAUUUUGCAAAAGGCAAAUCAGUUUGUAUGUGUGUGAAUUUAAAACUUUUCUCUGCUGUGCUGAUGACCUUUUGCUUCUGCUCUGCCUUUUUAAAGAGAUUUCUAUAAAUUAGAUGUUUACAGCUUUUGCCAGAAGAGCUUCAUUAACCAAUUUCCAAUGUUUCAAAC